AUGGAGGUCGCUGAGAAUAUCCGUUUCACCAUUAACAGGCUAAAACCAAGCAGGAAAAGUUCACCUAUGAAAAAACCCCAAGCUGUUCAAACACCAAACAAGGCAUCAAAACAGCCUUUCAUUCCUUUGGACAACCUGCUCAACCAAAGGGAGGAAUCAUCCAGGAUGGCUUUCAGAAGACAAGUCUGCGACCCAAACGGGACCGACAGUUCGCCGAUGGUUGGAGCCAAGCUGUCCACAUCUAACGGAGGCAACAUUAAGGACAAGAUUUCUCUGUGGGAGAACAAAGAAUCCACACAUUCACUUGUCACAUCCAGUAGUUUGAGCCAGAGUAGCAGUGCUAAAAGGAUUGAAUCCUUGACCGAAAGCAACAACAAAACAACAGAAAAGCCGAGUGCUGACGGCUGUAGGGAAGCCUGUACUGAGAAACAGGAUCUUGGGAAAGAGAAUUUGGGGAAACCUGGAAGUUUGAGGCCAUGUUCACCUGCAGAACCUGGGAAAUGUGCAGUGAAUGAGAAAAAUCUAGGUUCCAAGGAAAAGUCUACGGAUGAUUUGAGGCCUUGUUCUCCUUCAGCAGCUGAGAAGCAACAAGUUGGGUUAAAAAUCACAAACAAAAGAGCGGCAGAACAAACGAGCGUUGAAAAGAGAGCUGUGUUUACGCUUUUUAAGAAGCUGGAGACUUUGGGUGAGAACCACAGCAAAGCCCCUCCGGAGCUUGGAAACUACUUCUGCCCUCCGAGCAAGGACAAAAACUCGGAGACAAAGAGAAAAGACUCUGAAAGCCUGACUAGAACCUCUGGGGCACAAGGAGGAAAGGAGCAUCAGGAAAAUGUAUACACAGAACCAGGCACGCUCCCAAUUAAUCCAGUCCCAAAACCCAGACGAACCUUCCAGCAUCCCAUGGGAAUAAGUCGGAAUGGGGAGAGUAGAGGGCAAAGAAAUCUCCCGCCCCUGCCAUCCACCUCCUCAAAAACAUCCUCAAAACCCCCCUCCGGUUUCUACGGGAUGCCCAGAACCGACAGACUCCUAGAGAGCAGAAGAUUGUUUGACUUUGAAGACCAUGGGGGGUCAACCAGCCCCGUCUUCACCCGUUCACUGUCCCAGGAACAUCAUUAUGAAGACAUACUGGAUUCGUUUGAGAACCCGUAUGAGGACAUAGAGCUGGACAGUCAGUGCUCACAGCAGUCAGUACCAUCGUCUCCUGGAGCCGAUACCACCAAGGCUUCAAGACCUGGUUUCUUCAGGCAGAAUUCAGGCAGGAGUUUUAAGCUAUUGGACUUAAGGAGAAGCAACCAAAGCACAGGAAGUGGCGUCUCGUCUCCGGGUCAGCUCAGUCCUCCAUCCACCCCUAAUGGGCCUGAGCACAACCUGUGGCUUCCUGGAGAUCCCUACAGCCGCACCUGCCGCAGGAUCCCAACAGCUGUACUGAGGAUCAACAGCAUAUUCGAGGCUCGGACCAGGAAAAAGCUUCUGAGAAGGAGCUAUCAUUACGCGGACACAAGUUCAGGAAGAGUAACAGAUGAUUACAGUGACUCUGAGAGCGAAGCAGAAGAGAGAUUUAGAGCUCGCUCCUUACCGCGGCAGCUGAACAAGGCGAAGGUCAGCUACAACUGCACCAAGACCAGAAACAUACCUGUGAAAAAGGAUCUCCACCAGCGCAAGCUUUUUGAGUACUUCCUGGUCGUGUCGCUGCAGAAGUCAAAGGCUGGAGGCCGGUAUCUGCCAGAGGUCACACAGCAGUUUCCCCCUAAGCUGGAGCGAAGCUUCAAGUUCAUGAGGGAGACAGAAGACCAGCUGAGGAUCAUCCCUCAGUUCUGCUUCCCUGAUGUGAAAAACUGGGAGCCUGUGGAAAGCUACCCAAGCGAGAUGUUCUCCUUCGUUUUGACCGGAGAGGACGGGAGCAGAAGGUUCGGAUACUGCCGGCGUUUACUGCCCAGCGGAAAAGGCCGACGUCUGCCUGAGGUCUACUGUAUCGUUAGUCACCUCGGCUGUUUCAACCUGUUCUCCAAGGUCCUGGAUGAGGUGGAGAGGCGACGAGCUCUGUCUCCUGCUCUGGUGCAGCCGUUUAUGAGAGCGAUCAUGGAAGCCCAGUUUCCAGCUCCAGGCAGAACCAUCAGCAUCAAAACGUUCCUGCCUGGCUCGGGCACCGAGGUGAUGCAGCUCUGCCGGCCCGCUGACUCUCGUCUGGAGCACGUGGACUUUGAAUGUCUGUUCUCCUGUCUGAGUCUGCGGCUGCUCCUCAGGGUGUUCGGCUCGCUGCUGCUGGAGAGACGGGUCAUCUUCACCGCCGACAAGCUCAGCACUCUCUCACAAAGCUGCCACGCAGCUGUGGCGUUGCUUUAUCCCUUCGUAUGGCAGCACACUUACAUCCCCGUGCUGCCUUCGGCUAUGCUCGACAUCGUCUGCACCCCGACCCCGUUCAUCGUCGGCCUGCUGUCCGCCUCCCUGCCCCAGCUGAACGAGCUGCCCCUGGAGGAGGUUCUCGUUGUGGAUUUAGAAAACAAUCGAUUUCUAAGACACUUGGAUGACGAGGACUCGAUCCUGCCCUUUAAGAUUCAGUCAGCCCUGGAGAACGUUCUGGAGAAGAGGAGAGAGCUGGCUGGUGAGCGAGGAGCCGAUACAAGUGACUCGGGUCAACUCAGCGCCGUUGUGUCCGAGUGCUUUGUUCGCUUCUUCGUGGAGUUGGUGGGACACUAUCCGCUCUUCAUUACCGGUGAACGAGAGGACGGCUACUCCUCCUCGUCCUCCUCCUCUCCCGCUUCCUGCUUCUUCCAGCGUGACGGUUUUCGGAAAGCCAUCCCGUCCAAGACCGUCCGUCGCUUCUUGGAGGUCUUCAUGGAGACCCAGAUGUUCGGUUGCUUCAUCCAGGAGAGGGAGCUCCCGAGGCAGGCUCCGAGAGGACUCUUUGAGGUGAGGGUGCAGGAGUAUCUGGACUCUAUCCGUGAGAACGAACACCGGAGGGUCAACAGGUUUCUGUUAACCCUGGGAAACAAAAUGAAGUUCCUUUCCAAGAAGUAA